GGCUCGAAGGGCCGAAUGGCCUACUCCUGCACCUAUUUUCUAUGUUACUUACUGUUUGAUAGGAGACCUAAAGACCGGAUUGCAAACCAAACCAGAAUGGCACAAUGGAGGUUGCUACAACAAGGAAGAGAUAUUCAGACAAAACGAAUGAAGACUCUCACUUUUAUGUUGCAUAAUCUGAUGUACAUAUGAGAAACCCAUAAGAGUCUGGUAACAGUCAUAACAAGUCCCAUGAGACCGUUUGUGCUGAAACAGAAGGUAGGGAAUAGGGGAAGAAGUGGCAAAGAGAAAAGGCAUGACAGAAUACACUUACACGAUAAAUCACAGACACCAUAUUACAUUUUUUGUGGUCUUUUUGUUUCUUCAGUGGUUUUGGAUGGGGAACGAAAGACUGUGGAAUUUACCUAGGCGACCAAGUAAGAAAGAAGCUGGAUACUAUAUGAAGGGGUAAAGUAAGGUUAUUAUCAUCCAAGCAUGGAUUUGGUUGGAAAAGACGAAUCACCUUCAGCCUCAGCAGAUGGAGAAGGAGAGGCAAAGCCAGACCAAAAAAGCCACUUGCCUCCAAAACUGUUGGCUAAAAUCGAGCGAAACCGGCAAAGAGCACUGCUUCUGAGACAAGCCAGAUUGGCAAGCAGGCCUUACACUCCCGUUGGUACAAGUAACAAUAUUACAAAGCCAGCACACAAAGUAGUAGAUACAGGAGGAGGGUUCUUUCUGGAAGAGGAGGAGGAUGAGAUGCAAGAAGUGAAUAAAGUCAUACAUCAGCCAGGACCUUUCAUGGAAUUUGAUUACUUAUUAUGUGAAGAAUGUGGUAAAGAGUUCAUGGAUUCCUUUCUGAGCAGUCACUUUGAUCUUCCUGUCUGUGACAACUGCAGAGAUAAUGAAGAGAAACACAAACUUAUCACUCGAACGGAUGCCAAGCAGGAAUUUCUGUUGAAGGACUGCGACCUGGACCAAAGAACUCCUGCACUCAAAUUUACUCUGAGGAAAAAUCCACAUAACAUUCAAUGGGGUGAAAUGAAACUUUACCUGAGGUUGCAGAUAGUAAAACGGUCCCUAGACGUGUGGGGUAGUGAAGAGGCUGUGCAGCAGGCUAAAGAAACAAGGCAGGAGAACAGAGAGAAAAUGAAGCAAAAGAAAUUUAAUAAAAAAGUGAAAGAGCUUCGCCGAGCCGUGAGGAGUAGCCUGUGGAAAAAGGAAUCUGCCUCGCAUCAACACGUGUAUGGGCCUGAAGUAUACCUCGAGGAGGAAGAUGAGUAUAAGAAGACUUGUGCAACAUGUGGCCACCAAUUAAUUUAUGAAAAAAUGUGACUUGAUCUAAUGGCUCCUGUAUAGAAUGUAUAUUUGUCACUUCAAGAAUUGUAUAUAGUUUAUUUUUAAUAAAUCAAUUUGUGCAGAGUUGUUUAUUUA